GACCUAAUAGGGUAAAGGCACAGUCGGUGUAUAACCUGAAAACAACACAGACCACAAUGUUCAAGCUGGUGGUGUUGUCUACUCUCCUGGCCCUGGCUGCCGCGAAGCCCAGUGGACUCGGCGCAUUGGGUCUGGCGCAUCUGGGUUUGGCUGGUCCACUAGCUGCUCCUUUGGUCCCCCACCUCGCUGCUCCAGUGGCUCCUGUAGUGGCUGCUGCACCGGUUGUGGCAGCUCCCGUUGUCGCCGCUGCUGCGGGUCCCGUUGUAGCAGCUGCUCCGUUACACCCUGGUAGUAACUACAGGGGCCCAGUGUCACUGGCUCCUGGACAGCCCGCUACCAUUUUGGCAGCUGAUGGAAGGCCGCUUGACACACUGCCCGUGAACGUGGAUCGUGCUGUGCACUAUACUGCGAAGGCUGUCGACCACGCUGCAGCGGCAGCGGUCCAUGCUCACGUGCUUGGCAAGCGCUCGGCUCCCCUCUUGGCGCAUGCUGCGGCGCUCGCACCCUGGCAUGCUGCGCGGGUGGUCGCCCCCGCCCAUGUUGCUGUUCCUGCUGCGCUUGGCUUACACGCACCUUUAGCCCUGGGACACGCCGCACAUUUGGGUCAUCACUGGGUGGAAGGGCUCGAGGGCUUUGGCGGUGUAGUGAGCCGCGCGGUCCAGGUUCACGUCCAGGGUGUCGAGGGGCCUGCCGUCGGCGCCGAGCACGUCAGCGGGCUGGCCGGGGGCGAGGGACAGCGGUCCUCUGUAGUUAGAAGCGCCGAUCAGGGGUGCAGAGUACACGAGCGGCGCGUAGGGAGCGAUGAUCCCACUGGCAGACGCCGCGGCCAUCAAGCAGGACAACACCACCAGUUUCAUCAUUGUGGAAGAGGACGGACGAUGAUCUUUAGUGGUGACGCCUUGAAUCGAAUUAAAAUGCGAGUAUAUAAACCGAGAGCGAGAUUGCAUAUACAUCAGUUGCUCAGUGUAGCACAAACAACACAGACCUCUUCCACAAUGAUGAAACUGGUGGUGUUGUCCUGCUUGAUGGCCGCGGCGUCUGCCAGCGCGAUCAUCGCUCCCUACGCGCCGCUCGUGUACUCUGCACCCCUGAUCGGCGCUUCUAACUACAGAGGACCGCUGUCCCUCGCCCCCGGCCAGCCCGCUGACGUACUCGGCGCCGACGGCAGGCUCGACACCCUGGACGUGAACCUGGACCGCGCGGCUCACUACACCGCCAAAGCUCUCGAGCCCUUCCACCUGCUCAAGAAACGCUCGGCCGCCUUCAUUGCGCCCGUCAGCACCUACGCCGUGGCCCACUCGCCGCUGAUCACCCCCGCUUCCCCUAUCGCCUACACCGCUCCCCUAGCCGCGCCCUUCGCUCCCCUCAGCUACCACGCCGCCCCGGUCGUGCACGUGCUCAAGAAGCGCUCUGCUGGUCUCAUCGCGCCCGCUGUCAGCAGGAUCGUGGCUCCCGCCCCGCUGAUCACCACCACUGGUGCCAUCGCUUACUCCGCGCCCUUCGCUGCUGCUCCCUACGCUCCUCUCACCUACGCCGCUCCUCUCGCCCCCUGGUACAAGAAGUGAAUAUUAUAUAUAACGAAUUACCUAAAGACAACUAAGUAUUGUUAAUAAACGACUACACCAAUA